AUGAGCCGAAAGUGCGAGAAAGUCCGGGAGAAGUUCAUUUCUUCUGAUACGUCUCCUGGUCAGCUAGCGCCUGAUCUAUACACAGCUACACUUCCGUGGUGGCGAGCUGCCAUUCGUACGAAAAUAUUGAAGACGGUGGAGCGAGAGAGUCACUUGAUAGCGCGGAUGCAGGAAUAUGUGCGCAGCCCGAAGCUCGACGCCUACUUCGUGUAUACUUCUUCGCUAGGCACCCAUACCUUUUUCAUGACCGCUCUGCCCAUCUUUUUCUUUUUCGCUGGUGAGAAGUUUGGUCGCGGGCUUCUAUUUGUUCUCGCCUUUGGCGUCUAUCUAUCCUCUGUCCUCAAGGACUUCAUCUGCUCUCCUCGUCCGUUCGCACCUCCUGUCACGCGAUUGACAAUCGGCACCCACCAUCUGGAGUAUGGCUUUCCCUCUACCCACUCCACUAAUAGUGUCUCUAUCGCCCUUUUUAUCUUCAGUCAUAUUUAUCAUUACUAUGUCUCGUCUUCGAUGUCCUCGAUCACCUUUUACACUUCAUGUGCUCUGCUUUUCGUGUACACGUUUAGCAUCGUAUUCGGUAGACUAUAUACAGCGAUGCACUCUUUCACAGACUGUGCAGUGGGUGUUCUCCUUGGCAUUUUUAUAUGGACCGUACACUGGGCAGCGGGCGAAUGGAUGGAACGAUGGUUAAAAGAGGGUGGCUGGAUUGUGCCACUGACCAUCAUCCCGUUUUGUCUACUCUUGGUAAACCAGCAUCCUCAGCCUGUUGAUGAUUGCCCCUGUUUCGAGGACGCUAUAGCAUUUAUCUCUGUUAUCAUGGGCGCAGCUCUUGCACAGUGGCAUAGAACGCAUUAUGGAAUGGACGAGGCCUUCUUCUCAACUGUGAUGGCCGGGAGCGAUGGGAAGACAUGGGAAGAGGUAUUCACGUGGUGGAGUAUCGCAGGAGCCAAGAUCGUAGUCGGUGUCUUGAUCAUCUUCGUUUGGCGCCUCGUUGCAAAAUCAGCAUUGCAUUUCAUUCUCCCUCCACUCUUCCGUGCUCUCGCUCUCUGCUUUACGCUCCCGAGUCGACGGUUUUACACGCCUGCGACUGACUACGAACAUGUGCCCAUGGAGACCGGACUCCAUCCAAUUCCAAGUGUCAUAGAUCUGCCAGGGCAGAUGGAGAUGUCGGGAUUGGGCGAGCCCUUUGGACGUAGACUGAAUAGUUUGAAACAGAGGAGACCUGGCAGGGGGCAAGAUAGAAGUGUCAGUAUGAGUGACAACGGGUUUGGGGACGAAGACGAAGUGGAAAAGAAUGGUGGAACAGUGGACGGGAAGGAAGUGAAGCACUACGAUGCUGACGUACUGACCAAGGUUGUAGUGUACGCUGGGAUCGCACUUCUUGCUACAGAGGGGGUACCCGUAAUGUUUGAGGUUAUAGGAUGGGGCGUCAGACCGUGGUAGGUACCGCAGCCUUGGUCGGAGAGGUAACAGGUCAGACUGCCAUAGGUCUACUGGAAAUUAUACGAUCAUAAGGUUAGGUAGUGCACUAAGUCCUGCUAAUAACAAGACAAGAGGACGAUCGACAAAAACUAUCAUUGAUUUCUCUCCUCUAUUCUAUAAUUGAAAGGUACCGACAUGUACAUAACGAACCUUUUAUAAAGUAUUAUCAAGCAGUUUAA